AGCCAGCGACGUCACUACCCUACACUCCGGAGCUUCAUCGUUGGCAUCGCAGUCCUCAUUGCGGCGCUCCUGUACACCGCAUUCGUCUCAAGAGACCAGAUCCCAGAUAUCAAAAUGGGCGGAGGUCCUAUUCCAGGCUACCGCACUGUAGCCUACUACGUCAAUUGGGCUCCCUACGGCCGUAAGCAUAAACCGCAGGACUUGCCAGUUGAGAACCUCACCCACGUUCUCUACUCGUUUGCCAACGUCCGUGCUGAAAAUGGCGAGGUAUUCAUGACAGACGAUUGGGCCGACACUGGCAUUCACUUCGACGGAGAUUCCUGGAAUGAUACAGGAAACAACAUGUACGGCUGCCUCAAGCAGCUCAACCUGCUCAAGCGCCGGAACCGCAAUCUCAAGGUUCUCAUCUCCAUCGGUGGAUGGACCUACAGCUCCAACUUUGCGGCCCCCAUGAGCACCCCCCAAGGCCGGAGCGCCUUCGCCAAGACCAGCGUCGACCUGGUCCGGAAGUUUGGCUUUGACGGCAUUGACAUUGACUGGGAAUACCCCAAGAACCCGGAGGAAGCCCGCAACUACGUCGAGCUCCUGGCCGAAUGCCGCAGAGAACUCGACGCCUACUCCCAGGCCGUCGCGGGCGGCUACCACUUCGAGCUCACCGUGGCAUGCCCCGCGGGCGCCGCCAACUUCGAGAAGCUCGACAUUCCCAACAUGGACCGCUUCCUCGACUUCUGGAACCUCAUGGCCUACGACUACGCCGGGUCGUGGGACUCGACCAGCGGCCACCAGGCCAACCUGUAUCCCAGCCGCGAGAACCCCACCGCCACGCCCUUCUCCUCCAUCGCGGCCCUCGAGCACUACGUCCGCAGCGGCGUCCGCCCCGACAAGCUCGUGCUGGGCAUGCCCCUCUACGGCCGCGCCUUUGACAACACCGACGGCAUCGGCCGGCCGUACAGCGGGGUGGGAGAGGGAACGUGGGAGCAGGGCGUCCACGACUACAAGAAGCUUCCCAUCCCCGGCUCGCAGGAGGUGUUUGACCGCGAGGCCCAGGCGUCCUACUGCUACAGCCCGGACCAGCGCAAGCUCGUCAGCUACGACACGCCGGGCAUGGCGGGCCUCAAGGCCGACUUCAUCAGGGGCAAGGGUCUCGGCGGCGCCAUGUGGUGGGAGAGCAGCGCGGACAAGCCUGGUCCCGAGAGCCUGAUCAGCGUGGUCGUCAACGGCCUCGGCGGCCCGCAGGCGCUCCAGAGGGUGGACAAUUGCAUCUCGUACCCGCAGACCCCUUACGAUAACCUGCGCGAGGGCUUCCCUAACAACUGA